AUGGAAACUAAGCUACAACUUAUUCCUGAUGUAAUAGAGUUCAAACCUCAUCCAGGGAGAGAUGAUGUAGGAAUACUGGCAACAAACGCAUGUCAACAAAACUGUAGUCUUGAUAAUGUCCCAAAACAACUGAUCAAAGGUGACACUGCAACUUUAAUGGUAACAACCAGAGAUAAACAAGGAAAACAAGUCAUUCCACGCCAGGUGGUUAAGGCUAGAGUAACAAAACCUGAUGGAUCAAGUGACGAUAUCAAAGUACAGGAUAACAAUGAUGGAACACACACAGUGAUGGUACAUGGAGAAAUAGAUGGAAAAUAUAAAGUGUCAUUGACAAUAGACAAUCAGCCAAUACCAGGAACACCUGCACAGUUCAAUGUCAUUAAAGGAUUGGUGAAGACCAUUGGUAAAAAUGGCAGUGGAAAAGGGGAAUAUAAUAAGCCAAUUGGUGUCACAAUAGAUAAGAAUGGUGACAUUGUUACAGCUGAGAGGGGUAAUAAAAGACUACAAAUUACAGACAAGGAUGGAAAUUAUAAAAAUAUUAUAAAAAUUGAAAAAUGCGUUCCACUUGAUGUGUGCAUAUUCAAUAGCAAAUACUACAUGACAGAUUUUGAUAAUAAACAAGUUGUUAUCAGUGAUAUGAAUGGUCAUGUGAUCAAACAAUUCAGUGAGAACAUAAAGCAUCCUCAACGCAUUGCUGUUAGGCCUGCUGAUGGUAUGGUGUAUGUAUCUGACUGGGAUGGGAAGGUUGGUGAUGAGACAAAUAAAGAUGGUCACUUGAUAAGAAAAUACACAAAAGAUGGAGAUUAUAUCAAAUCAUUUGGAGGAGGUUAUGGAAGUGAAGCAAGACAAUUUAAGGGACCACACCACAUGGCUGUAGACAAUCAUGGAUUACUAUUUGUAGGUGAUUAUGACAAUGACUGCAUACAAGUCUUCAAUACAGAUGAUGAGUACAUGUAUUCAUUCAAGUGUUCAGGUAAAGGAGAUGGUCAGAUAUACAGACCACGUGGCAUUGCUAUUGAUAAUGAUGGAUAUGUAUAUGUGGCUAAUUCGAAUAAUAAGGUACAAAAGUUUGAUAGAAGUGGUCGUUUCAUCUGUCGUAUUGAUAAGAACACUGAUGGACUGAAUUUACCAUCAGAUGUAGCAGUAACUGAUGAUGUACCAUGUAGAGUGGUUGUAGUCGACUGGGAGAACCAUUGUGUUAAAAUCUUUGCACAGUAA